AACAGCUGCAUUGAACAGAAGAUCCUCCAGCAGUACCAAGUGGAAGAUGGACCGAACAGCCACUGUAACCAUCCUCAUCCUCCUCCUGUGUGCCAUUGCUGCACAGGGUGUUCCGAUUCCGGGAGCAGAAGGACGGUGCAAAUGCAUUCAGACCAGCCUCGAUGUUAUUCAUCCGAAGUCGAUCAGGAACUUGAAAUACUUUCCCAGUGGGUCGUCCUGUGAGAGAGCAGAGAUAAUUGUCACCCUGAGAAAUGAGAAGAAAGUGUGUGUGGAUCCUGAUGCCAAGUGGUUGCAGGCUCUUAUAACAGCCAUGAAAGGUGGGAAACAACACAAAUCAAAAAACUGAAGCUGCAAAAUGAGGGAAUCAAUUCCAUCUCUGGAUUAUCCGACGGGGAAUGAUGGAAGCUCAGCCCCGGGUGUUAACUCAGUGAUAUCAGCACCCAGUGGUUCGUUCCAGUGUCUCCUCUUCAUUGUCGUCUGAGAGUGAUCUUGGAGUUCCUCCCUGGCACAGGACAUGUCUAAAGCCUGCUGUGCUAUCUGUUUACAUUUGAUGAUUCCAUCUGAUGUUUGUGUUAAGCUUUGUGCAAAUCAUAGGUUUCUUGUGCCAUUUACAGUAAUUAAAGUAGAUUCUGGACCUGUGACCUUGUAGAAAAGUGCAAAUGAGACUGGAGUCAUUUGAUAAAACUUAAUCUUAGCUAUCGGGUUGGGAGAUAAUGAUGGCAAUGAACUAAGAUGGUGGAUGAAUCUCUCUGACUAUAGAGUUAAAAUGAUCUCAGGCCACAAGGGAAGCCAGUGAUGGGGAGGUGGGCUGUGCUCUCUCCCAUCCCUGAAAUUAAACCAUGGGAUUGUUCACAACAACUCAAACUCCAACCGUCCCCUUUCCUGUUUGAAUUCUGUUCGGAAUUGAUGAUAUACUGAUGGAAGGAUAUUGGACCAAAUGUGUUCUAAUUUAAAUGAAACAUUCUUAUAUAGGAAUAUCAGUACAAAUUUUUGAAAACCACUUUAUGUCUUUUUACUGCAAUGUUUCUGACAGGUGAUAUUUUCAUGAAAAUAUGGUGCUUUCUGUGAAAAGUGUCAGAUUUUAAAAUCUAUCUAAAAUCCGUUGAAGUAAUUCUCCAUUGAUGUAAUUUGUAUGUAAGAUAACUACUGCAGGUUUUAGAAGAUAAUGCUGCUAAUAGCCUGAUAAUCACUGGAUGAAGUAAAAGUUUUAAGUAAGAAUAAAGUCUAUAUGUUAGUGGAAAUGUUUUGUCCUGAGGGAGAUUUUACUGACUGGAUUUAGUUUAUCAUCCAUCAAAGCCAGACUUCUGAUAUAUGUGAAUGAAUUUGUUGAGCAUUCCUCAAAUGUUUUUAAGAAGUUAAAAUAAAGUGUGUUUCUG